ACAUAAAACUGGCGUUAGAAUAAAGUCAAGUAGUUUGGUUUCCUUCCCCUUCUCCAAUACCAAAAGACAAAAAGCUGUAUAAAAUCGUCAUAGCGUAACUAACUACCCACAGUUUCCCCCAAAAAACAAUCUCUAAUUACAAUCGACAAGAAACUCUUGACUCUCCCCCAGAAAUAACCACCUUAAAGAAAAUCAGAUCACAUCGUUUCUUUCUUUCUUUCCAAAUCUGAUCUAAUCUUUUUCUCUGUACGAUGCGUCCACCGUUGAAGAGAGUCGAUUUCCGUCCAGGCGACAAAGUGGAGGUUUGCAGUAAAGAAGAAGGCUUCCUGGGCUCAUACUACGAGGCAACCGUUCUUUCCCGCCUCGAAACCGGCCGUUACGUCGCGAGGGACAUCCGCCCUUCCCCUCCGAAGGUAUAUUCCCGCGGCGAGUUCUCUCUCUACCAGGCAGUUGAUGCCUUCGACAACGACGGUUGGUGGUCCGGCGAGAUCACCGGCAGGCUUGGUCCUCACCAUUACUAUGUUUAUUUCCGUACAACCAAUGAAGAGAUCGCUUAUCCUUCUAAUAAGAUUAGGGUUCAUCAUGAGUGGGUUAACGGCGACUGGAUUCUCUCCCAAAGAGAGCAACCACAGCCACAGCCGCUGCAGAAUCAGCAACAACAGCUAGGUCAACAAUUCAAUUGACUGCGAUCAUCCACCGGUUAAGAAUUCUUGGUAAAUCAGAUCUACUGAAGAAAAAUACAGAAAGAAAAGGAAAGGAAAGGAAGUAGAAUUUAUAUAAGUAUCGUUAGUAUUUGUUAAUUUUUUAGGGUGUUCUUUUAAAGAUUUUCGUUUAUAGGUGAAGGACGGAACUGUUUCUUCGAUUUGAAAUCAUGGACGGGAGAGUUUUUUUUUUAUAUAGUUUUACGUGGAAAAGAAAAAAAGGGGAUUGAAUUUCUAGGGUUCGGAAUUUCGUUGAAGAGGCCUCAUGUUCUCUUCUUCAUGUGUCAAAUUUGGUUCACUUUUGUUAAUUAGGAUCAAUGUCUAGUGUUAUAUCGGGGUCUUUUUUUUUUUUUAAUUGGGAUUUUCGGAUAGGUUGGAAAAUUGUAAAGUGGGUUAUUAGUUGACAGUUGAUUGUUAUUUGGAUUAAUAGAACAAGUGAGAAACUAAUGGAACCUAUCUCGGUUUCCAAAUAUAUUGAAUAUCUUUAAAGUUUUAGUGUAAAAAUUUAUUUUGCUUAUUGAAUCUCUUGCCCCAUUCAA